AUAAAAGACAUAUGCAGGUAUGCAGUAAGUGAAAAGAGAGAAGUUUUGUGAAAAAAGACAAAAAUGCUGACUUUACUCACUUUUAUGAUUUUCCUUCACCUUUUUACGACUAUAAACGGUGACCCAUGCGGUUCAAAUCCUUGUCAGAACAAUGGAAGAUGUUUUACAGCACAAUCCAAUCAGGAUUACGUGUGUAUUUGUAAUCCUCCAAAUUACUAUGAAGGAAAAAACUGUGAAAUAGAAUUAGAAUGUGCAAAAAAUAAUUGUACCGAUCGAGGUCAUUGUGAAGUUGUUGGAAAUGUAAAAAAGUGCAUCUGCGAGAGUGGAUAUAGUGGCGAAUUUUGCGAAAAAAAGAUUCCAAUAAAAGAUGCUUGCAAAUCUAAUCCUUGCAAAAAUAACGCAAAAUGUAUAAAUCAUUUCAGUAAUUUCGAAUGUGAUUGCAAACAAUACUCUUCCGGAGUUUCAUGUGAAACGGUGGACGAUCCAUGCAGCAGAUGUGAAAAUAGCAUAAAUUGCUACUUAAAUUUUACUUUAACUCCUCAUUUUAAGUGCGAUUGCAACAAUACUUAUGGUGGAUCAUUUUGUGAUAUAAAAUUAGACGCUUGCGUUCGCAAUCCGUGUCUAAAUGGUAAUUGCUCUGUAGUUAAAGAGGGAUUUCAUUGUAGUUGUUUUGAAGGAUUUAAAGGCAAACACUGUGAAGUUAAAAAGGGCAUUAAAUUCAAUUCGCUAAACGAAUUUGUUAUGAUUAUUGCUCCAGUAUUAGCUGCUCUUUUAGUUUUAAUAAUUGCUGGAGCCUUUAUAGCAUUUUUAUGUUAUAGAAGGUUCUAUAGCACUGGAGAUAAAUCGCCGAAAAAAGUGAAAUCGGAUGUAUUCAAAGAUAGCGAAGAUCAAACUCCCGACAAUGUAGAAGUUGCUGUUGAACCCUCUAAAGAAGUAACUGCGAAAACUGAUACUGAUAAUAAAAGUUCAGAAAAAUCCUUGUCAAAAUCACUUUCUAAGCCAAUCAAGACAAUUAAUUUGCUGACCCAUAUUCAGGAUGGUAUAAAGAAUAAUGCAGCAUUAUUUGCUGAUGAAUUUAAGCUGCUUCCGGAUGGGAAAACAAAUGAAUGGCAGAUUUCUCAACUGCCCGAAAACAAACCUAAAAAUAGAUUUAUAAAUGUUCUCCCUUAUGACCACAGUCGAGUUACACUUAACAAUUCAUUUAAUGAUUACAUAAAUGCGUCCUUUAUUAAUGGUUAUAAGAAAGAAAGAGAAUAUAUAUCAAGUCAGGGGCCCACGAAAGUUACUCUGAACGAUUUCUGGUCUAUGAUAUGGGAUCAUAAAAUUUGUAAGAUUGUAAUGGUAGCCAAUGAAAUUGAAAAUGGACGGGAAAAAUGUGCUUGUUACUGGCCAGAUAGUAAUUUUAAACUAUUUGGAGAUAUGUCGAUUAUGUUACACCAAGAAGAAAGGAAUGCCGUUAGCAUCUUCCGGAUUUUUCACGUCACGAAGGGCCAUGAAAGUCGAGCUGUUCGGCAAUUUCACUAUGUUGCUUGGCCAGAUCAUGGAGUUCCAGUUUCUGGAGAAGGCCUUCUUCAAAUUAGUAUGGCUGUUAAUUCUUGGCUACCAACAGAUACUGCCCCAGUUUUGGUUCACUGCAGUGCCGGAAUCGGAAGAUCUGGAACAUUUAUAGCUAUUGAUAGCUUACUAAAACAAGCUAAUAUGGAGAAUAAGGUGGACGUUUUAAAAUUCGUUACGGAAAUGAGAAAAAAUCGUGUCAAUAUGGUGCAAACAUUGGAUCAAUAUAUUUUCAUUUAUAAAACACUUCUUGAAGCGCUUUGUUAUAAGGAGAGUAAAGUUUCAUUCGAAAUUGACGAAUUUCUCGAGAUUGCUCCAAAAAUCAUUCCAAAGAAUCUAAAGAAACUGAAAUCGAGCCUUUUAUAUCAGUAUAAUGUGUUGAAUGCCUUAAAGCCAGUUUACACUGAAGAAGAUUACGGAGUUGCUACCGCAGAAGAAAAUACAAUAAAAAACAACAAUCCAAACAUUCUGCCUGUAACGAGCUAUAGAGCUACUCUUACAACAGCAGCAGCUAGUUUUGGAAGCUAUAUAAAUGCUGUACUGAUCCCGCAAACUUGUAUUGAUACUUUAUACAUUGCAACUCAAAUGCCAAAUAAAUAUACAGAAAAAGACCUUUGGCGUCUAGUAUAUGAUUACAACGCUUCUCAUAUUAUUAUGCUUAAUUCAAUUGAGGAAAAUGAAGAAGGAUAUUGGCCACCAUUGAAUUACGCUGUAACUCAUCCUCCAUUUUCAAUAAAAUGUCUAGGAGUUCAGGAUAAAAGUUCUUUUAUCUCCAGACAUGUUCUAAUUGAAAGUUCAAAUGAUUCAUCAGACAGUAUUACAACUCAUCAUUUGGAAUUGCUCGAUGUCCGGAAUGAUAAAGAACCUUUCCUAUUAGUUCGAAUUUUUGCUAAAGUCAAGGAAUUUAUUACGAAAGAUGGUUUGAAUGAUGAAUUAGGUCCUAGACCAAUUAUUGUUCAUUGCACAAAUGGAGCAGACAUAACCGGCCUUUACAUAGCCUUCUGUAUGGUGUGCGAUAUCAUUGAGAAUGAAAAACGAGUGGACGUGUUCAGCAUUAUUAAGAAGAUACGUCUAAGCCGUCCAGAAUUUAUAACAGCUGUAGGUUCACUAAUAAUAAAAUUAUAUUUGAUUUCUUUACUAAUUCUACUAACUUUUAAUCUACAAUCAAGUCAAACAUUGACUAAUCUAAGUGGAACCAAUAAGGAGGAAUAGUUAAAUUAUGAAAAAUAUUGAAAUAUACCUGUAUUUCACUCAUUUUCAGGAACAAUACGCUCUGCUUCACAAACUUAUAUACGAAUAUAUCCAAAUGAACGAUUCAUUCGGACACUGGUAGAAAGAAAGCAGUUUAAAAGAAGAAGUGAUCCUUUAUUCCAAGCAUAAAUUGAUAAAACAGCUAUUUAGUAUUUGACUUUUUCAACACUAUACGUAUAUAUUAUAAAUGAGUAUAAAAGGUAUAAAAUACAGAUAUGUAUCACUUUUGAAAUAAUAUACCAAA